AUGGAAUCAUGGAAAUGGGCUUUAAUUGGGGUUGGAAUAGCUGUGUUUUUAGCAAUCAAUGCCACUGUCAUGUACUGCUUGUACUAUCGUCGAAACACCGAGACAAUCAAUGUGUUGAGCAAGGAGGAGCAGGAGCAGCAAUCCGUUGACAGCAAUACCAUAGACGAAGGUGUUGUGGCGAAUGAUCCAAAGCGUCCGGAUAUCGAUGUGGCCCUCCAGCAACAGCAACGAGACUACGUUACUGUUGUUCAGACCGCAUUGUCGCCACCUCGUCCACAUCACAUUAAGGAUACAACAUUGACAACACCCACUCACAUCAUUCACGAAGAAGCAGAGAAAGGGCCGCACGAAUUAAGAGUGUUUUCGUUAUCGCCACUGCAUGUACAAUCAUCUGAAGCAGCAGCAGCAGCAGCAGCAGCAGCAGCAGCAGCAAGGCCCUCUGAAAAGACCAACAGCAUAUGUAGCACCAGUACCACAACAGACCGGAGCAUGACUCCGUUCCAGCAUCACCACCAUACAAACACAACGCCUACCAUCAGCUCUAUUUGGCGGGGACCGACACCGCCAUGGACACAACAUCCAAACAGAUACAGAAAUAGCAGCGUCGAAAUGAACAAACAAAAAAAUAUGGGUUAA